UAUUUUAUCUUUACAUUUCCAUUUCCUUUUUGCUGUUUGUUUCCUGAGAAAACGAGGUUAAAAAAACUCUCCAUUUGCAGAAUAUAAAAACUUCAGGUUUAAGUUGCUUAGUUUCUCCUAAUUAAGCUUUUAUCUGCAUUCCAAUCCAUCAUGCAACUAAUUUGGUUUCUGUGCUUUGCGGAUCUUGUAAUUAAAAUUCACAAAAUUUCGUUUUAGAAAGAUGAAGGGAGAGCUCCUGGAGUGUUGUCCGAAACUAGAAGCCGGUGAUGUCUCAGGGCUUAGUACUAUACUGGUAGCAACAAUUCAGGAAGCAAAAGACAGGAUUUCUCAAAUAGAAUACAUAUUCUGUAACCAGCUUUACCCGAAUUUCCAAACGAAAUCCAAGAGCUUGCUGAAAAUUUAUUCGGAUGCGGAAGAGGUGUGGAAAGAAAAGGAAAAACAUCUCUACGAGCUUAUUGAGAAGCUUCGGGUUGAGAAGCAGGAAGUUGUUGAAGAAAACAAGCUUCUCAAGGUUGGGAAGGAAAAGUCGGCGGGGGAGCCGAAUGAGAAGGCAAAUGUGCUGCUUGCUAUACCAAGAAAUCGAGAAUCAAAAAUUGAUGAGCUGGAGCAGGAGGUUAUGAAGAAGUAUAAGGAAGUUGAUGAGGGAAUGGAAUUGCAGAAUACGUUACUUCAGUUGGUUCAAACGAAGGCAGCUAUGAUUGUGGAUAAAGGAAGGGAAUUGAAAACGAAUGAGGAGAAGACCAAUGAGCUGCUUGCUAAAGUGAAGAGCUUAGAGAAACAUGUUGAAGAGCUACAAGAGGAGGAUAGGAAGAAGACAGAAAAGGUAGCAGAGAAAACAGAGUUGGCAAACAGUUUGAGCAAGAAAGCUUCGUCUCUAUUGAAAUUGAUUGAGGAUAACGAGAAGUUGAGGACUGAGCAUGAAAAGGAGAAGGAACAACUAAUGUACAAAGUGGAAUGUCUGGAGGAGAAUCUUGGUGGACUUAAAAAAAAGUUUUUGGAAAAAACGGAAGAAAUUGAAGAGGGGAGAGUAUUGCAAGCUGAAUUACUUCAACAAAUUGAAAUGAAUGCUGUGGAAAUCUUGAAGCAAAAAGAACAGUUGGAGAAGUCUGAGAAUGAUAAAAAGGUACUUUUAGACAAAGUGAAUGGUUUAGAGGAGAAGGUCAAUGAACUACAGGCAAAUCUCAGUAGCAGCGUUAAAGAGGCUGAAAGAAAGGUUUCGUAUGAAAACUUGCUUCACCGAAUUGAAUUGAAGGAUUGUGAGUUGCUGGCUGAGAAGAGGAAGAUGAGUGAUUUGCAUGGUCUUUACAUAAAGUUGAGGUCUCAAUAUAAAUAUCUCUGCACAAAGUCUGGUCUUACUAUGAAGAAUAUGCUUAAUGACAAAUUAGAAGAUGAAAGUGGUUCCUUGAAGCAUCAACUGACAACUUCAACUGAUCGUGGGAACAAAAAUGUUGAUGCAUCUGCCGCGCCUUGUGAGAUGAAGGAAGUCAAGACUGAAAAUGAAUUUAGCAAUGUCUUGGUGGACAAUGAAGUUGUGAAAUCAAUUCCAAUCGCAAACUUCAAAUCUCCGACUUCUGGUUAUGCAGCACCAAAAUGUCCUCCCACUGUAAAAUCCGCUCGAAUAAUUGGCACAAAGCGACCUGCAUCUAGUUGGAUAGAUACUAGAUCUCGUCAAGGCAAAGAUGGGCCUGACCCUCACGAUGAUUUCCUUGAUACCCCAUUGGAGAACCUUAGGGCAGACUUGGACAAAGCCAUGAAGGAAGAAGCUCAUGAUCCUCACGUUGUAGUUCAGAAAGAAAAAAACAUGGACCCUGGCAGUUCAGAUGAUGAAACGCAGGAUGCAAAUGUUGAUCGUAGCCCUGGGGAGCAGUGGAUGCCAGUUCCAGUAGGUGGAAAAAGAGGUUUCAAGUAUGUUGAACCAGUUCGAAAGAAAGCUGAGAGGCAAAAUUUGAAAGGAGUUCAAUGCAAGCAGUGCAAAAAAUUCUAUGAUGCAGUUCUUCCCAAUAAUGGAGGUAAGUCUGCUGAUGGUAAUCAACAGAACGUUCGGUGUGAACAUCAUGAUGGUGUUUCUAGGCAUCGAUACAAGUAUGCCCCUCCCUUGACUCCUGAGGGAUUUUGGAAUAUUGGAUUUGAAUCUGAAAUGUGAUUUUCUUGAGCUUGAGAUGCCUUUACUGUUUGUCACGUUAUUUUUGGUUUUAAAUCAAAUCUGGUAAAUAGCUAAUAAAUGGAAGUAAAAAUAACAUAUCUUCGAGCAUUUGCAAGGCCAA